CAGAACAACAGCAAGACUGUGCUGGAGCACAGAAGAGUAAAACAUGACAGAGGUGACAUCGCCCACCUUCCACCUGUGUUCGGUCUCCUGUUGACACCUUCAGUAGGAUCAGGAAAUCCACUGCUAUGACCUACCUGGCUCACACAGGCCACGCCCAGUUUGGUGCUCUCGGGCUGGCCUGUUUGGGAUGGAUGCUCACCGGUGUGGCUCUUGGACUGAUCCAGUGGAGGGUGUGGCAGGUAUCGGACAGGGCGGUGAUCACCUCCGGUGUGGCAUGGGUCGGACUCUGGAGGGUCUGCUUCGCCAGCCACACCGUGGUGAGCGAGGGCUUCAAGGUUAUGUACUGCAGAUACAUCAUCCUCACCGAUUCCUUCACGCCACCUGAGAUUGCUGCAGGUCAGGUCCUCAUGCUCCUGUCUCUGCUGGUGGGGGUUUGUGGGAACGCUAGUGGUGUUUACUCCAUGAGGAUCGUCUACUUUGGGAUAGGUAAGAGCUCUACGGUCCGCCGCGGCUUCAUCCUCACGGGAGUGCUGUGCCUCCUCGCUGCUGCGAUAUCGCUCGUGCCUCUCCUCUGGAAUCUGAGCGCUGUGGUGACCAAUCAGACCAUCGAGUUCCCGCCCGAGUUUAAACUCCCCCCAGCACCUGAAUCUCAGCACGUGGGAGGCGGCAUUGGCGUCGGGAUGGCGGGAUCGGUCCUGAUGAUUGUCUCUGGGAUUAUUUUCUGCACAUAUCGAUUACCAGAGAGGCCUCUGAGAGAGCAGGUGCACCAGGAAAAUGACACCCGGGGGGAAGAUAACCCCACAUUUGAGUUUCAGGAACACUUGUGAGGAGUUUGUGUGUGAUAAAAUGGACAAAAAAAGGUUUUUGCACAGACUUUACACUCGUUUCUUCCUUUUAACUCCUCAAAUGUUUACAGUGACUCAUCUAGUUUUAUAAUCUCAAGGAGGAUGACUCAUCUGCUGACAGCAAACACCCAUAACGCCCUCACCUUCAUAUGCCCGAGAAGCAGGAAAAUGAAGAUAACAUGUUUCUUACAAAACAGACAACUCUCUAACUUAUGGUUUAAAAUUGGAGCCAAAAAAUCCCCCUUCAUGUUCACUGUAUAGACAAAAGCUGUUAAGCUACUUUAAAAACUGCAUUGAUGCGUUAAUAACGCUCAUCUGCUAAAUAGCUGAAUGUAAAUGUUACACAGUGUGAAUAAAUUGUGU